AUGAACCAAACAGUCAUCAGUUUGAAGAUCAAGCUGGAAACGAGAGAACCAGAGGUCACCUGGCGCUGGUCUGUCCACGAGUUUCCAGUCGACUACAGUGAUAUAACCCAGAACAGAUGCUCACAGAAACAUCUGGGCAGAGAAAUCGUAGCAUUGAAGGAUCAAACGGGGUACCUGGACCACCUUGGUCAGAAUAUACCAGAGUUUUACAGCUCAGUUCCUCUGACGGGGAGGUCAGGGUUGUGGGGCAGAAGUCUGGUCUUGGAAACUUCGGCUUCGACUAAGGUUCUUUGUUCGUCGAUGUUUUCUGCUGAAGAUAUGAUGUUGGAGACGCAUGCUGUGGCUACUUUCACGUCACCCAUUUUUGGGUCGGUGCAUUUCAGAUGGCUCGACGCUAGGAAGUGUAAUGAGGAAGAUGCCUUCGUUAUAGCAGAUUUAUAUCACAUAAAAGACGUUAAAGUUCGGGAGAAAUUCACAUUGCAUAAAUGGAAAGUCUUUUUAACAGACACUUACGAUUCUGAUGAAAGGAACUUUGCUGAUGAUUGCAAUAUCUUAGAUUCAAUAUUUACUGUGGAUGAUAGUGAUUUGGGCACAAGAAUAGGAGACCUAGACAGACAUAUGGGUCUUAUUAAAAUAUCAACUGAUGCCAGUAAAGCUAAAUUCAAGACAAUGUUUAGAAAUCCAGUUUUAGAUGUGUUAAGAGAUUAUGUGGUUAAAGGCAACAGUAGUGUUUAUCUCGUCAUUUACGAUCAUGUGUAUCAGAAGAAGUUUUUGGCGUGCACUAAAUUACGAAAAAUACCACCCAGAAGCUACAAACAUGUGGACCUGACCACGUACAGUGAGCUCAAGUAUUCCAUUGGGGAACUCCCUCCAAAGUUCCUCCAUGAAAGAUCUAUGAAAGAUAUUUGUAACAGUACCGGACUUGUUUAUAAUCCUGUGGAUGUUGUCCAGAAAACUACUCUGGCUUUAGGUAAUGGCACGCAAGAUGAGUAUGCAGUAGGCAAUCUGAUUCACAAAUAUAGAACAAAUCCGGAGCUAAACACUGCGUACUGGGAUGUGUAUCUACCGCUGUAUGGCGCGCAUAGCAUCUUACACAGAUCAGUGCUUUUGGAGAGAGACACCAAGCACUUCCCGCUCUGCGGCGCGAUCCUGGCGUACCAUCACGACAGAGACUCCCCGAUCCCGAUGACGACCGCCGAGGCUGUCUUCAGGUACCCGCUGGCUGGCCGGGUCACCUUCCGACAGCCGCUGAGGCAGCCCUGGGCUGAUACUAGCAUUAUUGUUGACUAUUUGAUACAUUCCGGUGAUUUUGGCGGAUCCUUCAUUAACACUGAUCGAUGGACCAUAGAAGAUAACGAUUUUCCUAAGAAGAAGAGGCCCCACCAGCUGCACCGCGUGGCUCCCCCCCGCCACCGCCGCGGCUGCGACUCCCCUCGCCACGUGUUCGAGCCGCUCGGACUGGACCUGGUCAAGUUCCACCGGAGCUGCUGCGAGCCAGGCCUGGAGGGGCUGUGCAGAAUGGGGGACUUAAGCUCUAGACACGAGAACCCCAAGCUAUCCACAACCUUGGCGGGCAUGCUGGCGGAGACCCGGCGCGUGUACUCCGCCCCGCUGGCGCUGUCUGGGACGCUCUCCAUCAUCAGCAAGUUCCUCGUCGUGAGCUACCGGCUCGGCCUCAAGGAGCUGUCCGCUUGCGCUAUGAUAGUCCCGGUACACCAGCGUUCAGCCAUCGUCCGUGACUGGGUCCCCAACGGCGAGGGUCAGCUGACGAUGAGGGGCCACGUGACCUUGACCCAGGAGUCCGACCUGAGCCCCACCAGCGUCGACGUCAAGAUGGAAGUGAUGGAGAGUGGGAUCGGGAACUAUGGCAUUCAUACGGCUCCUGUGGUGAAUGACGUAGAAAACCCUUGUGACGACAAGAGUUUAGACGGUGUCUACAAUCCGUUUAAAGUUAAUAAAAUGAAGAGUCCAUAUCCUACGAUUGGCACAGCGGAUCAGUACGAGCUGGGAGCCCUGGGUCGCAAACACGGCUACGUAGAUGGGUACCGACGGUUCUCUGCAUACUAUGACGACACUCAGGUCUCCUUGUUCGGGCCUCACAGUGUCAUUAGAAGGUCGUUUGUGUUUCAGAAAAUGGUAGACAAGCGUCCAGCAGCCUGUUCAACAAUCGAGCGACAUUACAACGGCACAGAAGCGCGUCUGAUGACAGUCAUAGCGUCAUUCCACAAGUCACCAGCACUGGAGGGGUACAUACGGAUGUCACAACUACUGUAUGUGGAUGGUAGCGUCAGUGACACCACUGUAGAAGGCUAUUUGAAGCAUGUUGGGGAUACAGCGUCUUAUUUGAAUUAUAAACACAAGUGGGAGAUAAGAGAUGGUGUAAUAAAUGAAACUGGACAAUGUCGAGAGAACACAAGUGUCUGGAAUCCCUACAUUAAAAUGAAUAACACUGUUUUAAAUAAUGUUCAAUACGGAAGAGACUGUGGACCGGACAGUCCUCUGCGAUGUGCAGUCGGUGACCUCACGGGCAAGCUUGGAACCAUCAAUUUAGGCGAGCGUAUUGUGCUAACCGACAGUAAUCUCCCCCUGAUGGACAUCGCUGGUGGUCGUUCCUUGGCAAUCUUCGGCCAUGGGAUAAGUAACGAGGUGAUCGGAUGUGCCAAUAUCACGAAUGAUGAAGAAGUUACUAAAUACACUUAUAUUGUGAAGCCUAGUGAUCGGUUUAACUUACAGAAGUUCCUCUCCCAAGUCCGCGGCCUGCUGAAGGCGCCGGCCUGGCUGGUCUCCGCGGACCCUCGCGUCGCCGACCACGGCGAGUGUCUGAGGCUGCUCAUGAGGUUCCGGGGGCCUGGCGCUGAGCUACUGAUGAAGGCGUUUGAGAAAGUGAUGGAGGAUGAAGACUCUGAGACGCCAAGAGUUUACCGCAGCUGUUUAGAUCGCGAAAAUAAAAGAAAAAAGGGUCAAGUCUUCACAAAUUUUAUCUCGAAGAAUCCCGUACCUGCCACUAAAUAUUUGCUGAAGAACGAAGUCUGAACUUAAAAUAGUAGUACCUAGUUGAUAACAUUGUGAAAUAUAUCGACAAGAUGGAGUACAAGAUGUUUAAA